AUGGAGAUGGAGCGACUGUUUAAGCUGCUGGCCGAGAGUCAAGAGCGACAGCAGGCUGCCCACGUACAGCAGCAGCAGCAGGCCGCUGCCCAACUCCAGCAGCGGCAGCAGCUCAUUCAGCAGCUUGGAGACCAGCUGCAACAACUCAUGACAGUGCUGUCGCACCCCGUAGACCUGCAGCCAGAGGACGGGGCUGGGUCGCCCCGCACCGCCGUCCCGGUGCGACUAACCAAGAUGGGUCCCGACGAUGACCCCGAGGCAUUCUUGACGGCAUACAGGGGGCUGGCUACAGAAGAGGCAAGGGAUUAUAGUCGGGUGAAGGCCACAAUCUUGGAUGCCUUAGAUGUCAGCCCAGAGACUUUUCGGCAGCGGUUCCGAAGCCAGACAUACCCCACGAGCACCCGACCCAGGCUGGUGGCCCAAGCUCUGAAGGAGGUGUGUAGGCGGUGGCUACAGCCGGAAACGAGGACGGCAGAGGAGGUUACGGAACAAGUCAUCCUCGAACAGUUCGUGCACAUCCUCCCAACGCGAGGACGGGCCUGGGUGCUCCGCCGCUGGCCGGCGACAUUAGCUGCGGCUGUCGCGCUGAUGGAAGACUUCCUCGCAGCCGAAACGCCAGUGGGGCCCGCCCUCCGAGCUCAAAACCCCGGGCCGGAAUGCCCGAACACUGAAAGAAAAGGGGACUCCCCGACUGGACCGCGGAACCUGGGCCGUGGGCAAGAGGCCCGCCCGGGACCUCGGCUCAGAUGCCCGGGACCUCCCCCUCGGCCCGGACUGUUCAACCCUGUGCUGAGUGUUCUGCAGACUCGGCUGGAGUCCACAGAAUCCCGCCUGUGCCGCUCAGAGCACGACCACAGCACAGAACUGGAGAACACUCUUAUCCGCCUGGAGGAGGAGCAGCAGAGGAGCACCAGCCUUUCCCAGAUGAACAUGCUGCUGCGGGAACAUCUGGACCAGAUGAAAUGCUCCAAUCAGAGACUGGCGGGGGAGCUGGAGAAGGCAACAUCAGACCUGCACAGGCUGAGAGGCGAGCUAGAACAGAGAGCAUCCCAGUGGGGCAACAGCAGGGAGAGCUCUGGAACGUACUUAAGCAAUGAGCACAGCGGGAUCCUGCUGCUAUGGCGCCAAGCUGCCACGCUGCGCAGUAACUUGGCGGAGCUGCGUGCCACAGCAGAGCAAGGCCUGGCUGAGGCCCAGAAAGACAUGGCAAGGACUGCACGCCGCCUUCAGACUGCCUGCCUGAACCUGGACUCGAACCUGCGUCUGUCCGAGAGUGGUGCAGCCUGCUCGCUGGAGAAGCAGGCUCUGCAGGGGGCACGCUUGGAGCAGCAGCUUCGGGAGAAGGUCUGGGAGAUGAUUCAGCUCCAGAGCCGCUGGGAUGGCGAGAAAGUAGAGCUGAACUCCAGGAUAACAGAACUGACUGCUUUAGGACAGAAACUUAAAGAACAGAAUGCAAAGAAAGAGAAGACCAUCUCUGCUCUAAAACUGGACAUUCAGAAACUGGAAGUCAUUAAAACUGGAGAGCUACUGGAGGUGCAGGACCUGAAAGAUGAAAGUGAAUCUUUGCAGCGAAUCGUGAACAGCAUCAUACAGCUGGCUCUGGCUGAUGCUGAGAGUGCAGGGCCCCUCUCACUGGACAGCGUGAGGGCGACAGGUGCAGAAGACCCUGGCAGACAAACCUCCCCUUUGCGCUCUAGCUCUUCACAUCACAGGCGGGCGUCGCCAUCCCGCGCCCACUCCCCAUUGCGCCAGGAUGCUGUGCUGCAAGCCGUGCAGAGUGCCCUCCAGAGGCGACAGCAGCGUGAGCAGAACACAGUCACCAGUAUCACCGGAGAGCUGCACACCUUCCAGGCUCAGUUUGAAGACGCGGUGGCUGCCCAUCAGAGAGAGGCCAAGAGCUUGAACGAGCACAUAAAGGAGCUGGCAAGAGAGAGGGACUCUGCGGGGAGGGAGGCAGAACAGUUAAGGACGCAGCUGCGGCUUGCAGAGGAUGCCCGCGAUGGGGCGCACAAGGACCUGAUCGAGUUGCACCGCAGGUUGCGGGAGGCUGAGGAGGCCCGAGAGCUCCAGCGCAAGGAGAUGUUGGAAACCCACAGGGCUUUGGGGGACGAGACCAGGGAGAAGGAAAUAAUGCAGAAAUCCAAUACUGAGCUGCGAGCUGCCAUCAAGAAGAUGGAGAGCAAAAGGACCAGCUUGAAGAGAGGCCUAGAGGAGAAGGAGCAGAAAAUCACCAUGCUGGAGGAAGCCAAGGCUGCAGCUCAGAAGGAGGCAGGAGAGCUGAGGGCAAACCUGCGGGAGGUGGAGAAGUCUCAGAUGGAGGCCCGCCGGGAGCUGCAGGAGCUGCACAGACAGGUGAAGACGCUGGGGGACGAGAACAGCAAAAAGGGCAAAGAGGUGAGCGAGUUGCAGGCCCGUCUCCUGCAGCAGGAGCAGCGUGAGCAGCAGUGCCACAGGCAGUCCCUGGAGCUGAAGCAGAGGAUCGCGGAGAUGGAGGGCGCCCAGGAAUGUGUUCGCAAAGAGGUACUGAGCCUGCAGAGGAAGCUGGUGGAGGUGGAGUGGGAAGCCAGAGCCAGAGAGAAGGGGCUGGCCGACAGCCUGGGCGAGAGUCACAGCAAGGAGAAGAAGCUCCGGGAUGAGCUCCAUAACAUGGAGCUGAAGCUGCAACAGGCCGGCGGGGUCAGCAAAGGCCUCCAGCUGCGCCUCAGCACCACUGAGGGGCGCCUCCAAGGCCUAGAGACAGAGCUGGCCAAGGCGGAGGCUGCCAAGAGGGAGGUGGAGUUGAAGCUCGGGGUGCUGCACUCUGCCCUGCGCCGGACACUAGGGCUGGGUGGGCGGAGCCCCUCGCCGCAGAGACCCUGCUCACCUAGCAAAGGGGAGCACAGUGCCAGCGAGCCUGACCCGGACAGAGUCCGAGAUGCUUUGAGAGACUUCCUGCAGGAGCUGCGAGACACUCAAAGAGAGAGGGAUGAUUUAAGGACACAGGUGAUGAACCUGAACCGUCAGCUGAAUGAAAUGGCAAGCGACCGGGACGAGACCAGCAAUCGCGUCCUGCAGCUGCAAAAGUUGCUGGCAGACUCUGAGGAAGGCAAGCGAGGCAUGGACGGGCGCCUGAGCAGUGCGCAGAUGGCCCUGGCACUGCAAGAAGAGACCAUUCGGAGAGUGGAGAGGGAGCGCCAUGCCUUGGCAGAGCAGAUUGCUACCCUGGAGUGCAGCAUGCAUGCCAGGGAGGAGAAGAACAGGGAGCUGCAGGAGAAGGUCACUAGGCUGAAAGCCAAGGAUACCAAGCUGGAGACAGACAAGCGGAGGCUGAAGGAAGUCCUGGAGGCAGCUGAGAGUAGGGCCACCAAGCUGGAGCUGAGCCGUCGCUCCGUGGAAGGGGAGCUUCAGCGUGUCCGGCUCAGCCUGGUGGACCGAGAUACUGAGAUCCAGGCCCUGCAGGAGCAGGUCCAGGCCCUGCGCUGCCAGUUCGGGGACAGCGAGAGCAAAUCAGCCAAGCUGCAGCAGGAGCUGGGCCGCCUGGGUCACUCACUGGCCCAGACAGAGGACAAGGAGAGCCACCUGAAGGACAAGGUGCAGAGCCUUUCCCAGGCACUGACUGAUGCCUCCACGGGGUCCUCCACCCUUCAGGAGAACGUCUUCCAGCUGCAGAAGGCUCUGACAGCAGCGGAGCAAGACCGCCGGGUGCUCCAGGAGCGCUUGGACUCCGUGCGGCAGGCGCUGUCAGACAGCAAGAGGCAGAACCACAGCCUGACGGACACCAUGCGCAUGCUGCAGGACCAGCUGGGAGAGCUGGAGUUGAGGUGCAGGGAACUGGAAGCUCAGGUCGAGCACCUACAGGAGGUGAUCUGUCGUCAGCAGCAGAGUGAGCAGGAGGCUGCAGCAUUGCUGCAGAACGUGCAGGAUGAGAACAGCAUUCUCCAGGAGAGACUGAUGACACUGCAGCGAGCUGUAGCCCACCUAGAAGAGGAGAACAAGGAGCUGGAGCGAUCGGCCUUUGAGCUGAAGCAGGACAAUUCUGCCCUGAAGAAGACCCUCAGCAAGGCAGAACGGGAGACGCUCAGGAAAGAAGACAAUGCCAUGCGUUUCAGUGCAGAGAAGAAGCAGCUGGACCUGUCACUGAGCAGUCUGCACCAGGAGGUGGAGGACACCCUGAGACAGAAUCAGCCACUGCAGGCCCAGAUCACAGAGAUGGAGCGGGCACAUGCCCAGCGCCUGAUGGAGCUGGAGACGGAGAGGCUGCGCAGCACCCAGCUCCAGGCUGAAUGGUCCCUGGAGUCCCGGGAGAGAGCCCACAAGCAGCGUGUCAAGGACUUAGAGGAUCAGGUGAACUCGCUGAAAGAGCAGUUGGGCCAGGAGGUGCGGAAGAGACAGUCCUACCUCACUCAAGUGCUCCGGACAGGGAAAUGA